ACACAGAUGACCGGGAGCAGUAGAGAAGCGGGCGGGAUGUCGCCCGAGCUGGGGGUUGUCUCAGCUGGUUCAAACUCCAGCCCCACUCCAGGGAAUAAGGGUCUGCCAGGCCAUGCGGCCAAGACUUUCCCAUCAUCCCCCAGCAAAGCAGGCGGGCCCAGCCGAGCAAAGAUGUCCCUUACCGGAGCUGGCAAGUCUCCCACGUCCGUCCAGAGCCUGGCCAUGCGCCUGUUGAGUAUGCCUGGGUCACGGUUAUCUGGGGACACCGCGGCUGCCUCCGCAGACGUUCCGCCACCUGCUCCAUCUCACCCUCCAGCCCCGGCAGCCGAGGAGGCCAAGCCAAAGGUGCACCGGGCCCGGAAAACCAUGUCCAAGCCCAACGCCGGGCAGGUCCCCGAGAAGAGAGUUUCCGAAAUGCUCCAUUUCCGAGUCUCGGAUGACCUGAGGAGCAUUGCGGAGCCAGAAGAGCCUGCCAAGCGGCGGAAGUAUGACUACAUGACAGAUGCGAUGCACAAGAGACUGCCUCUCUCUCUCCAGCGGUCGAGUCCCAGAGCCACUACUGAGAUCACAGUGACGGAAGAGAUGACUGCUCCCGCCACUGCUUCACAGGAGGAGAGAGCUCAGGAGUGGGAGACGGAAGUGGGGGACGACUUCAGCCUCUACUACGACAGCUAUUCUGUGGACGGCCACAUUGACUCGGACAGCAAGUCUGAUGCAGAUGCUGCAGAAGAGCACAUGAGUGAAGAGGAGGAGGAAGAAGAGGAGGAAGAAGAGGAGGAGGAAGAGGAAGAAGACGAGGAUGAUGAGGAAGACGAUGAUGAUGAAGAAUCGGGUAACCUCUCUGACAGGAGCGCCGCCUCCAGCUCCAAGAGAAAGGCCAGGAAGCGCUGGCGGAAUGACAGCCCCUGGGUGAAGCCGUCCCGUAAACGCAAGCGCAAAGAGCCACAUCCCAAGGAUGCCAGAGGAUUCAAUGGUGGCCCUUCAGCCACACAGAGCGAGUACACGGAGGUGCCUCUUGGCUGUCUGGAGCUGCCCAGCGAGGGGGCGCUGUCCCCCAACAAUGCAGGGGUGUCCAACGAGACCAGUUCAUUGGAGACGGAGCGCUUUGAGGAGCUGCCCCUCUGCUCCUGCCGCAUGGAAGCCCCGACCAUCGAACGCCUCAGCCAGCAGGCCGGAAAUCAGUGCAUGGCCACAGAAAGCGCCGACGGGGAGCUUAGCGGCUGCAGCAGCAGCAUCAUGAAGCGGGAGACGAUGCGCCCCUCGAGCCGCGUUCCCCUCAUGGUCCUGUGUGAGGCGCAUCGAGCCAGGAUGGUGAAACACCACUGCUGUCCCGGUUGCGGCUACUUCUGCACUGCGGGCACUUUCCUGGAAUGCCACCCUGACUUCCGGGUGGCUCACCGCUUCCACAAGGCCUGCGUGUCCCAGCUCAACGGCAUGAUCUUCUGCCCGCACUGCGGAGAAGACGCUUCCGAGGCCCAGGAGAUCACUAUAGCCAAGGCGGACACCUCCACUCCGGUCCCCGUCCCGCCAUCGCAUGGGCAGGGAGCAUCCGAGUCUACAGGCCGUGCCGACACGACCCAGCCCAGUGCUCGGAUGAGAGGGGGCUCAAACAUCGAACCUCAGCUGGAAGAUGUGCCGGGUCUUGGCGGCCCAGGAAUUGACAGUGCCGGCCCACGUCUGAUGCUGCCUAAUGGGGCCGUGCUGUCCGCUCAGGGCCUACCUGGAGGUUCUGGGCGGGAACAACUGGAGCGUGCCCUGGUGGUACAGGAAUCUGAGCGACGCAAGAAGCUGCGAUUCCACCCGCGGCAGCUGUAUCUCUCCGUCAAGCAAGGGGAGCUUCAGAGAGUGGUGCUAAUGUUGCUGGACAGCUUGGACCCCAAUUUCCAGACCGAGCAGCAGAGCAAACGUUUCCCGCUGCAUGCUGCGGCGCAGAAAGGAUAUAUGGAGAUCUGUCACGUUUUGCUGCAGGCUGGUGCCAACAUAAACACGGUGGACAAGCAACGCCGGACACCUCUGAUGGAAGCUGUCGCGAACAACCAUGUGGAGCUAGCGCGUUACUUGAUCAAAAGAGGUGGUUGUGUUUACACCAAGGAGGAUGACGGAUCGACGUGCCUCCAUCACGCCGCAAAGAACGGGAACGUGCAGAUGGUCAGCUUGCUGCUCUCCACGGGGCAAGUGGACGUCAAUGCUCAGGAUAGCGGGGGGUGGACCCCCAUUAUCUGGGCUGCAGAGCACAAGCACAUCGAGGUGAUCCGCAUGCUGCUCACCCGCGGAGCUGACGUCACCUUGACGGACAAUGAGGAGAACAUUUGCUUGCACUGGGCCUCCUUCACAGGAAGCGCGGAGAUCGCGGAAGUCCUGCUGAACGCGCAGUGUGAUCUCCACGCGGUCAACUUCCACGGAGACACGCCCCUGCAUAUCGCUGCCCGGGAGAGCUACCACGAUUGCGUCCUCCUGUUCCUGUCGCGAGGGGCUGACACCGAAGUCCGGAACAAAGAAGGGGACUCGCCCGUGGACCUGACCUUGGAGAACUCUGAGGUGUGGUUCGCCCUCCAGCUCAACCGCAAGAUCCGCCAAGGCAUCCUUAACCGCUCCGUGCGCACAGAGCGUAUCAUCAGCAGGGACGUCGCCCGCGGCUAUGAAAAUGUGCCUAUCCCCUGCGUCAACUCCGUGGACGAUGAGCCGUGCCCGGAAGAUUACAAAUACAUCUCGGAGAACUGUGAGACCUCCACCAUGAACAUCGAUCGCAACAUCACCCACUUGCAGCAUUGCACAUGCCAGGAUGACUGUUCCUCCAGCAAUUGCCUGUGUGGGCAGCUCAGCAUUCGCUGCUGGUAUGACAAGGAUGGUCGUUUGCUGCAGGAGUUCAACAAGAUUGAGCCGCCCCUGAUCUUCGAAUGUAACCAGGCCUGCUCCUGCUGGAGGAACUGCAAGAACCGCGUGGUGCAGAGCGGCAUCAAGGUCCGGUUACAGCUGUACCGCACAGCCAAAAUGGGAUGGGGUGUCCGAGCGUUGCAGACCAUCCCCCAGGGAACCUUUAUAUGCGAAUACGUGGGGGAACUGAUUUCGGAUGCAGAGGCGGAUGUGAGGGAAGACGACUCCUACCUGUUCGAUCUAGAUAAUAAGGACGGCGAGGUGUACUGCAUCGACGCUCGCUACUACGGCAACGUCAGCCGCUUCAUCAACCACUUGUGCGACCCCAACAUCAUCCCCGUGCGGGUGUUCAUGCUCCACCAGGACCUGCGCUUCCCCCGCAUCGCCUUCUUCAGCAGCCGAGACAUCCGGACUGGCGAGGAGUUGGGAUUUGACUACGGCGACCGCUUCUGGGACAUCAAGAGCAAGUACUUCACGUGCCAGUGCGGCUCGGAGAAGUGCAAACACUCGGCCGAGGCCAUUGCCCUGGAGCAGAGCCGCCUGGCCCGCCUGGAGGCCCACCAGGACCUGUUGCCGGAUGCCAGCGCCCUCCCCGCCACCCAGGCUUAA